AUGCUGCAAACUAUCACUAACCGUGGUAGAAGCAGAAUUCAAUUCUACAUUCAACACCAUUGUCGAAGAAUAAAUCAAUGGAUUCAACCGACUGGCUAUGAUACUGGAAUUAAAGUUUAUAAUAGUUUAACCAAUAGCAAAGUUUCAUUAAUAUUACCCCAAGAUAAAUUGGCUACAUGGUAUAUGUGUGGCCCGACUGUUUACGAUUCUCCUCAUUUAGGUCAUGCGAGCUCCUAUGUUAAAUUUGAUAUUAUUCGCCGAAUCAUGACUGACCUUUUCGAUAUUGACAUCGUUAUGGUAAUGGGGAUAACCGAUAUAGACGAUAAAAUUGUGCAGAGAGCUGCUGAUACAAAGACUGGCUUUCGAGAUCUAGCUCGAAAAUAUGAGAAAGAAUUUCUGGAAGAUAUGGAGUGUUUGAAUGUACUUCGGGCGACAAGGGUUACUCGUGUUACGGAGCAUAUAGAUCAUAUUAUAAAAUUUAUAGAAAAGAUUUUUCAGCAUGGUUAUGCCUACAAGACAAGUGAUGGAAGCGUUUAUUUUUAUACUGAAAAAUAUGGAGAUAGAUACGGCAAGCUUGCGCCCAGCAGACAAACAAUCCAUAAAUCAAUAGAUAAGGCAACUGAUUCCGAAAAAAUUAGCGAUCGCGAUUUUGCGUUAUGGAAGGCAGCUAAAGCUGACGAGCCAUGCUGGCAAUCACCGUGGGGAUCUGGCAGACCCGGCUGGCACAUAGAAUGUUCCGCUAUGUCUAGUGCGAUCUUUGGCAAUCAGUUGGAUAUUCAUACCGGAGGUAUUGACUUACUUUUUCCUCAUCAUGAGAACGAAAUUGCUCAAUGUGAAGCGUAUCACCAAAUCAAUCAGUGGACUAAUUACUUUCUCCAUACAGGCCAUUUGCAUAUCGCAAAAGAGAAAAUGUCGAAAUCACUGCGAAAUUUCGUUACUAUCAAGGAUUAUUUAAAUCUCAAUUCGCCUGAUCAGUUUCGCACGUUAUGUCUUCUGUCAAAGUACCGAAGCCCUACGGAAUAUAAUUCCGACAUAUUCAAAAAAGCAGAAGUUGUACACCAAAAGUUUUCAUCCUACAUAAACGACGCAAAGGCUUACGUAGAUGGCAGUAUUAAUUCUUUAAUAGCUAGCGAAUCUGAAAUACUUGAGAAGCUUGCUAUGACCAAGUCGCAAGUACGAAUUGCCCUUGCUGAUGAUUUCGAUACUCCGACCGCUAUAAAUUAUUUGUUGAACUUGUUAUCUUUCGCUAAUGUCCAUUCCAAUACUACUACCAAAAGCAAAAGAUCCUAUACCGCUCGUAGUCCAUCUGUAAUUGCCGCGGUUUCAACAUAUGUAGAGAAGUUGCUGUCUAGUUUUGGGCUAUCUAGACAAGACGACAAGCGUUAUAGUCCUUUAUCUGAAUCCGUAGUAGAUUCUGUCGUCGGAUUUAGAAGCAACAUAAGAAAUUACGCGUUAGAUAAACUGAAAAAUAGGUUAAAAUUGCCCUCUGAUUACGAAAGCAGUAAGAACCCGGAUUGUUCUUACUUAUUGGACCUUUGUGAUAACUAUAGAAAUGAUCUUCUGAAUGCAGGAAUUAUUGUUAAGGUAUGUAGUUACUAG